AUGGCUCUUCCAAGUGGAGACAUUGUGCCGCAUCAGCGGCCACAACUCGGCGGACGACAACGACACGCUACCUUCAAUCACCGGUACAGCGAUGGAGGAAUCUGCGUCGCGGUGGUUCCUUUUUUGGGUUUCCAGAACGCCAGUGAAGGAGCAGACGUGGGGGCGAUUCACCCACGAUGCACUCGUGCACUUCGAAGCCUCCAACUAUCAGCCGUGUUGCGCCACAAACUUCGCCAGCUCCGCCAGGACAGUGACAUCGAAGAGUACAAUGGGAAGUACUCGUCCCUGAUUUUCCGUGUUGAGGACAUGAGCGAAGUUGACCAAGUAAGUUACUACUGUGACAGCCUCAAUCGAGCGACCCAGGCCUACGUCAAGCUCCAUAACCCAACGACACUGAGCGAAGCGAUGGAUCAAGCUGUCAAGCACGAGAUGUCGCACUUCAGCGGGGGACGUAAGACAGCUAUGGACAAGUCGCAGCGUGGGGACCGCUCCCACAUCCCAAAACAUUCGAGUUCAUUCAAAGACAAAAAAAUUGUUGAAUCGCCGCUCUUUCAAGCCCGGCCACUACGCGCCCGCUGA